UCUCAGAGAAAGGCUGAAAUACCGUACUUACUCGUAACGGAAAUUUACUGCAAGUACUUUCCAUGUGUAUUAAGAAAAAAUGUUGUGGGAAAGGAAAGAACUGUUUAGAUUGAUAGGGGAGUGGAAACUUUUGCCGGUGCUGUGGGCUCAGCAACCCAAAGACAUCGGCAAUAAAAUCCGGAAGCAAAAAUCACCGAAGCCAUGUGUCAGCCGUAGACGAUCCAAGAAGCAAAAGGCGUUAAAACUAUUGGCUGCUAAAUUCGACACUACGGCGCAUGAAAUAAGCAGACAGCUUUUCAUGUUCCGAAAACAGUACCAAGAGGAAAGAGCCCGGAGAGCCCGUACGGCCGGACGCACCUACAAAAGUACGUGGGAAUUUUACAACGCCUGUAAGUUCAUGUCCGGCAAAAGUUCAAACGAUGCGGCCGCCAACAAAAUCAUGAAACCGAAGGAUUUUGAAGCUCAAAAGCAUGAAACGGACAACGGCCAAAGGAAUGUACCGGAGAAGAAAGCACAACAACAACCAUUCAAAACAGAAUUGAUCCACGCAGAAGAAGAAAAAGAUCCUCAUAUCGAAGUAAUGUAUAAGUCUCUGGGGGAUGAACACCAGAUAUUCGGUGACUAUGUUGCCUCAGAGAUGAGGAAUCUGAAAAAUGAAGAUACCAGACGUCAGAUGAAGAUAAGUAUUCAUCGGGCAAUAAUGUACGCGAUCGAGAGUGACGCGUAUCAAAUGCCGGACGACGCACAAUCGGAACGUUCGUUUCCAUCCCCGGGUGCCCCUGAACCAUCGUUCAACUCAACGUAUGAUUUUGACAUGGAGGAUGAAAAGCCGCUGAUAAUGCAUGAAGACGAAGACGGAGAAGAAUUUUUGCUGCAAACGUUUCCUCUGAACAACUUCAGUGAUGCGGAAUACUUGGAUGAACCAUAAACUGUUUGUUUUUGUCACAUGAAAGUUAGUAAUAUGUUGAGAUUUCCCUAAUGAUUUUUAUUUGCACCUUCAAUAGUCUGAUGUAUAUCAGUGACGCAAUGACAUUUUUAAUUUUCCGAACAAUCCAUAAAAUUCGUAUAUUUGUAAAAAUAUCCAGAA